UCUCUUUCUAUUCCUACCCUCAUUUGUAAUGUGUGGGGGAAGUUGAGAGUUAAGACAAAGAAGCAGAGAUAUGGAAGAUGUGAAUCGCACCCCAAGAGAAGCAAAAGAUUACUAUUCUAGAUCAAUAUGGUUGUCAGAAACGGCACAGGCAUUUGGGAAUCUCAAGAGAAGUGACAGAGAUAAUGUUAAUGGCAGAGAUUCCUACGGCUAUAACUUCCAAGAAAUUGUGACUCCUGAAGUUUCUGGAGCAUUUGAUGAAAUCAAAGGUUUAAUCAGAGUUAAUGAUGAGGUUAUUGGCGAAGAAGAAAACGGUGACUAUGGCCACUAUUCUAGACAAUCGUUGACAACAGAAAUUGUGGAGAUAGUUGAAGAUGGCAAGAGCAUAAGCAACAAAGAUAGAAGAGUUGACGAUCUUUAUGUGGCUGUAGGCAAAGAUGACUUGAAUGUAGUGAAAUGGGCUCUUGAUCAUGCUGUUUCUCCCGGUUCCCGGAUUUUUCUUAUCCAUGUCUCUUCUCCAAUCACCUUGAUUCCUACGCCAGUUGGAAAGUUUGAAAGAAGUCAACUAACCCCGCAACAAGUGAGACUAUACGUGAAUGAGGUGAACAACAAGAGGAAGGAUCUUUUGCAAAAGUACAUUCAGAUGAGUAAUGAAGCCAAGGUAACUGCAGAAACGUUGCUCCUGGAAAGCAAUGACAAAGGAAAAGCAAUUCUGGACCUCAUCUCUAUUCUUACCAUAACCAACAUUGUCAUCGGAAUCAAAAAACUACCAUUCACACGGCGCAAUAACAAAUUGAGCAAAGGAGAGUUCAUAAAGAAACAUGCACCGAGCUCCUGCGAAGUUACCUUGGUUUAUAACGGCAAGGUGUUAGUGUCCGACCCUUACAUGAAUGGCUUGGUAUCCAACGGCAUAACAUCACAAAAUAAAAGUCACUUGAAAAACAACUUCUUUCAGUGCAUGUGCUUUUCAGGGUGCGUGAGAGAAGACAAUGGUAGUAGCUAGUACAUUUCUCACGCUAGCAAAAACGAUGCUCAAGUAGUUUGAAUUUGAAUUGUCCAGCGUGCUGACUUGCUCAACGAAGCAAGCUUUAGAAAUCGUGAGGAGGCAAAUGGGCCCACGAACCAUAAACCUAAAGUAUCAGGGGGAUCUUAGUGUCUCACACAACUAACUCAAGGAUUCACACAAUAGUAUAAAGUUUGGCUUUAAGGUGGUGUAAGCUAUUAAGUGUUAUCCUUAGGCCUCAUAUUUUUAUCAAUUAUUAGUGUACACUUUAUAUAACUCAUAAUAGCUAUUGUUCUUAGCAUUAAUUAUGAUUAACCUUAGUACAUGUGUAAGAUAGUAUUGUGAUUAUUUCAA